GAAGUAAGGAUCUUCCACACUCAUCGUCUUCUUGUUGAGGUGAACACAGUUCGACUGUUGAGUCUUGUGAAGCGGAAAACCCUUUUCUUUAACCAUUGUUUAUCCUCCUCUUCUUCUUGUAAGCUUCUAGCGCUUGACCUCAGCUUCCUCCUCGGCUUUCCCGGAUCUCUUCUUUGACCAUUGGCCAUGGCAGCAUCUUACCCGCAGGUCGUCCUCUUUGGCGACUCUCUCUUCGAGGGUUGCGUGGAUACGCAGGACGGCUUCUCUUUCUACGCGACACUGCAGAAGCACUGUUUACGCCGGUACGAUGUAGUCAAUAGGGGUUUCUCAGGAUACAACACCUCGCAGGCGCUGAGGAUCUUGGAGCAGAUCUUCCCGGAGCCUACGGCUGGUGGCCCGCAGCUCAAGUAUCUCAUUGUUCUCCUCGGCGCCAACGACGCCGCCCUCCCACAGGAGGUCGAGAACCAGGGUCUCCCUCUCGACCAGUACAAGACCAACCUGCACCGCAUCAUCACCCACCCCAACAUCACAGCACACAAGCCCAAGGUCCUGCUGAUCACGCCGCCGCCCCUGGACGAGAUCCGCACCACAGAGCUCGACACGCCAAAGUACGGCCACACGCUCCGCGAGACCGCCCGCAGCGCCUCCUACUCGCAGGCUGCGCGGGAUGUCGCCGCCUCCGUCCCGGGAACGGUGCUACUCGACCUGCAGAAGGCCCUCAUAGAUAGGGCCACGGCAAGCACGCCCGGCUGGGAUGUGAGCCAGCCCCCAUUGGGCUCGCUGGAGGGAGCGCGGCGGGGCUACCUGGAGCAGCUGCUCCCGGACGGCCUGCACCUGAGUGGGGAGGCCUACAGGGUGCUAUGGGGCCUCGUGGAGGCUGAGAUCGAGCCUAGGUUUCCCAAUGAGGGGCCUGAAGGGUAUGUCUUCGCAGAGUGGAAAUCGGCGCCCUGGGAGGAGAAAUAA